CAGGAUUAAUGGCAGUUUGUGACAAGCAAUAAAGAGCUGUAAAUAUUAAAUCCAAACUUCACUAGAAAAAAGGACGUCAUACGUCAUUCCAGUAUGGGCUGAGCAAAGUGAAUGAAACUGUACUGUACUGUUUAAAAGAUAAUAGUUUUUGAAUGAAAAUGUUAAUGUUUAGCGUGAUACUACUUAUUUUCUCUCUUCAUCUAGGUCUGGGAGAAUGGAAUAUGAACGAACUGGAUGGUGACUUACGAGGGGGCAAGAGUAUGCAGUUUAAAAAUAUGGUGAAUACUGCAGAUUAUCAGUUAUCAAUGGAUCUACUAGCAAACUAUCCUGCAGGAUACAACGUUAUGCCAGUUUCCAACCCACAUGAUGUGCUCAACGUUAGUCUUCAGCUGGCACUUUACCAUAUAGUUGAUAAGAAUGAAAGAGCCCAGACGUUAACAACUAACUGCGAAAUAAUUACAAAAUGGCACGAUGUAUUCCUAAUGUGGGACCCGUCAGAUUACGACAAUAUUACAGAUACAAGGCUCCCUUGGGAUAAGGUGUGGACUCCUGAUAUAGUUUUGUAUAAUAGUGCUGGAGAUGGAGAGCAGGGUAGAGAAAUGAGAACCUUGAUACAAGUCACCUAUGAUGGAAAUGUUACAUUAUUAACCCAAGCAAUCUAUAUGAGUAAAUGUACCAUUGAUGUGACCUACUAUCCCUUUGAUGCUCAGCAAUGUGAACUCAAGUUCGCCUCCUGGUCAACUGAGGUCACUAGGCUGAAUAUGACGAUAGGAAAGAUAGAUAGGAAAAAGAUUUUGAGUCUGUACUCCCCUUCAGGCGUGUUUGAAUUAAAGAAGAUAUUUGCUCGACGACAUGAAAUGCCGGAUCCAUGCUGCGACGAUGCUUUUGCUGAUGUCACAUACUAUUUGGUAAUUUGGCGUCGUCCAAAGUUCUUUCUGUUUAAUUAUAUUCAGCCUGCAGUGCUCAUCAAUAUUCUUGCUUUGUAA